UCUGAACCUUAUCAAUGAACAGAAAACCCUACUGAGUCUCACUCUCUCUCCCAUGGCGAAAGACAUCGAAACUGAGGUCCAAAGUGGGCUGCCACACAAGGACUACCACGACCCACCCGCCGCCGCAUUCUACGACCCCGCCGAGCUCCGCAAGUGGUCCUUCUACCGCGCCCUCAUCGCCGAGUUUGUCGCCACUCUCCUCUUCCUCUACGUCACCAUCCUCACCGUCAUCGGCUACAAUCACCAGACCGCCACCGGCAGCCCCGACCUCUGCAAUGGCGUCGGCGUCCUCGGCAUCGCUUGGGCCUUCGGAGGCAUGAUAUUUGUCCUUGUCUAUUGCACUGCUGGGAUAUCAGGGGGACACAUAAACCCGGCGGUGACGUUUGGGUUGUUUCUGGCGAGGAAGGUGUCGCUUAUAAGAGCAGUUGGGUACAUGGUGGCUCAGGUGUUGGGGGCCAUAAGUGGUGUGGGGCUAGUGAAGGCUUUACAGAAGAGCUACUACAACAGGUACAAUGGUGGCGUGAACAUGCUCGCUGAUGGGUACAGCAAAGGAACCGGUUUGGGAGCUGAGAUUAUUGGCACAUUUAUUCUUGUCUACACCGUCUUCUCUGCUACCGAUCCCAAGAGAGUGGCAAGAGACUCCCAUGUUCCCGUGUUGGCACCACUUCCAAUUGGGUUUGCGGUGUUCAUAGUUCACCUGGCCACCAUCCCUAUCACCGGCACUGGCAUCAACCCAGCCAGAAGCCUAGGGCCUGCUGUCAUAUUCAACAACGAGAAGGCAUGGGAUGACCAGUGGAUCUUCUGGGUUGGACCCUUCAUCGGUGCUGCCAUUGCUGCAUUCUACCACCAGUCCGUGCUGAGGGCCCAAGCAGCAAAGGCUCUCGGGUCUUUCAGGAGCUCCUCAAACCUGUAAUUCCGGCCAGGCUAUUUAGCUACGAGACAUGCUUCAUUUAAUUGUGUUCUUAAUUAAUUUGCUUAUACAUGGUGGAUUGGAAUCUGUAUAUCCUCGUCACUAUGUGUGUAUUUUAUGUUUACUAUUUGUGGCAGCAGAUAUGUUCAUGUUAAUUUCUGUAUGCAUUUUUAAGUGUUACGAUAUUACAUGAUCCUCUAUGUUACAUGUGCGUUAAUGUCUUGUGGUUGUGGUUUUCGUGUUU